UUAAUUCCCGCCGUCCCCCGUUCGACAGUUGAGCUCGAUUCCGUUCACAGAACGUAGUUCAUGUCGAUUAUUUUUGUUUUUGUUGAGAUACAGUGCUGUCAAAUGUAAUUUUAUGUACUGAAAAAAUCUAACAGUUGUGCUCAGUGGUCGAGAACCAAAACAAAGUGUUUGCAUGGAUUGAGUGAUCAACUAUGUUACCUCCCACGGCCGGUCUCUCACAAGAACAGCGCGACCGGACCGAAAUGGCAUUCCAACACCGACGUGACGUGAGGGAAUUGACCCGAGAAAUCAUCAGGGACGCUCGCGUCGCUAACAGACAACAGUCCUCAUCUCCUGGAGUAAGAAACCGUUUCCCUUCGACUUCAUCGACGGACGAAAAUGAGAGCGGCACAGACGGCGAGGCGGACCGGUCGCGCCGGCAGACCAUCCUCCACGGAGUCUCCGGCAUGCAGCCCCAGGGUCAGAUAGUGACAAUACGGAAACGUCGAGGGAACCUCGCCAAGCAUUCGGUGAAGAUAUUGAAGCGAUGGCUGUACGACCACAGGUACAACGCGUACCCGAGCGACGCCGAGAAAAUAGCGCUCAGCCAGGAGGCCAAUUUGAGUGUCUUGCAGGUAUGUAACUGGUUCAUAAACGCGAGACGUCGCAUCUUGCCGGAGAUGAUACGUCGCGAGGGUCAUGAUCCGUUACACUACACGAUCUCACGCCGCGGACGGAAACAACCCUCGGGGGCAUCCUCCAGCGCGUCCAACUCUGGAGUCGUUGUCGCUUCUUGGGACGGAGCUGAUGUUGAGAAUGAUCCAGACCGCAGCGCAGAGCAAGAGUACACUGAUGGUCUACUGGUGUAUCGUAGUGAAGGAGAUGACAUUGCAGACGGUGAAGAAGGCUACUCCUCCAGUGCGGUCAGCGAGGAAGAAGUGAAAUACGAUCCUUCUGUGUGGCAGUCGGUCAUCAGAUACGGACCAGAAGAUAAGGAGAUACAUCCCGCUGUCAGAGGUACGGCGUCGGCGGUGGUGACGGUGCGCACGGCGGAGGGGGCCGUGGAGGGCGACGGAGAGGGGGGUGAAGGGGAGGGAGAAGGCGGCACGCCGGGGGGCUGGCACCCACAACUCGCACAUCUGCCGCAACUGCCGCACCCGCUCAGGAAACGGCUGCAGGUGGUCCCGGCGGCGGGCGAGGGCGAGCGCGACAAGUUCAAGUGCCUGUACCUGCUGGUGGAGACCGCCGUGGCCGUGCGCCAGCGCGAGAAGGAAGCCGACGAGCUGCCUGUCUAGUAGCGGUACCACCACUCUCGUCUAUGAGAGAAUGUUGUAAGAACAAUGAAGAAAGAAAAAAACAGUAAUCUUCCACAUUUGUACGUAGAGAGACGCACCACAAUAUUAUUAUUAUGAUGUCAUGUUAUAAAUUAUAUUAAUCGUAUGUUGUAAAAUGUUCCUGUAAUAACGAACGUAGGUUGUAUUAUUGUAUAUCGGAACCGAUUUUUUUAUUGUCGUGUGCUUAUCGUUACGUUACACGGCGACGCGUCUGAAUAUGUAAACGGAACUCCGAUACCUCGUAGGUCGUAGCUUCAAGACUAUAUGACUUUGUGAAAUAUACUGUAAAAUUAACAUAAAUAAAUAUAUAAACAUUAAACAAAAAAAUAUUAGCAUCUUAACUAACACGUUUACCGCGUUUGUAUUGUGUUGGUCGCGUCAAGAGAAUUGUUAUUGCAGCGAUGCCGCCGCGAGUUAUUCUAUAAAUUUAUAGUACCUAUAUCUCUAACAUAUACAUGAUAUAAAUAUUUUUAAAACAUUAAAAUGAAAUUCGUGUUGAAUACUUAGUUAUUAGUGCACUGUCGCCUCUUUUAUACACGUGUUCCGAUUCUAAGAGACGAAAAUGCGAAAGAAUGUUGAUUAUGUUUAGCAAACAAAAUAAUCUAUAGCCUUUAAAUCCUAGAAUCGACAAAUCGGAUACUCAUAACAAAACCAGUCUUGUAGUUGUAAGUGAUCAUAAAGAAAUUAAAAUGUUCACGUCGAUCGGUAAUAUGUAUCAAAGAUUUGUAAUGAAAUCGCUGAAAUUCGUUUUGUUUAUCAAAGUAUCCACCAAUUGAUCCAUAAUGUCAAAUUUUGAGGUAAAUAAUUGUGUUCGGCAGCGGAAUUAAUGCGAUAGAUCAUACAAAAUCAAAGGACAGAAAUAAAAAAUAUAUGAGACAUUUGGAUCACGUUCAGCUAACAUCCUUUAGAGCAAAAACAUAACAUUUAUCACAAGCUAACACAAUAAACACUCCUACUAAGCAGAAUGAAUUAAUCUUUAAUUUUCAUUGCAAGUGGAACACCUCCUCAAAGCCACAUCAUCCAUUCGCGAUCCGUCAGAACGCAUUUUAUCAGCGUCCGCACUGUAGUGUACUACGGAUAACUUAAUGUACGUUUUGGCCACAAAUGACGUCACACGUAAGUCGCGUUUAUUUAAGUCUAAAUAUUGGGCUGAAAUUUUUAACUACUGACUCUGUUAUUUUAUAUUUCUUCAACAGAAGAGGAUGCCUUGUCUUUUAUUAGAGCUAUGUCCAAGAUAUGGCAAUGUUUAUAAGCAAUAUUAUAGUGUGCUAGUCUACAGAUAAUAAUGAAACAACACACAUAAAACAUACUGAAGUGUCUUUAUACAAGUUGAUAAGUUUUCUACUUAAUCCUAACUAAUUAAAUUAUUAUAAUUAAGCAAUGGAUUGUCGCCAAACACAGCUUGUUCGUUGACUGACUUUGAUCGGAAUUUUAUACAAAUUUUAACACAUUGUCUUAUUAAUAAUUUGUUCCAAAAUAAAGUUGGUAACACUAAUUGUGUGAUUUGUUUCUUAAAAAUACUUUAUUUUCUUCUUUUCUGUUCAAAUGACUGUUAUUAGCAGUGUUAUUUUUUAUUAGAUAUUAUUUAUUAUUAUCUGGUAUUUAAUGUGUUCAAAUAAUAAAAAAGGAUAGGAUAUGUAUUAUAUUUUGUAAUUGGAAACAUUUAAGCAGUACUAAGUAACGGUUAAUUAUCAUUUGAUAUACAACUUGAUUUAUAUUAAAAUCAUCCUAGAUAUAUUUUAAUAAGUUCAUGAAGCUAUUAUUAAAAAUUCAAGUCGUAAUUUAAAUUUCAAAGUAUUAUCAACAAAAUUUAUUUUAAUUCGAAUAUAUGCAAUACGAUGAGUAUAUUUAAGCGCAAUAUUUUCAGAGUAAUUCCUUUGUGCGUUGACUUUGUAAUUUGGUUUCUCAGUAGAUAUAAACUGUGAACAGGAGAAUUAUACUAUAUUGAAUGGUAUUUUUUCUAUUUAGUUUAAUUAAUAGAAGAUAGUUUUUAGUUUUAAAGAAAUAAAAAGCAUAUUUUAUAAGAAUGAAGGUUUAUUUGUCUAUAACAUGUCGAUUUUAAUAUUUAAGCGCUUAGUUUUCUUGUAAUUCAUAAAAUGGCAACACUAUUAAUACAAAUAAAAAUAAUGGCAUAGUUAAUGUUUUGUUAAGUGGUAUUUUUUAACUUACAAUUGACAAUAUGUAUGCAAUAAGUCAACAUUUCUUUAAUUUUACCUGAGUACAAUAAAGUAGAGGUUAUAUUUCGUUCUCAACUUCUGUAAAUAAUUGUGUAAGUUCUUUUUAGCAAAUAAAAUAAAAUUGACAAAAA